CUUAUAAUGAUAAACUAUUGUAUAUCCCAAUUUUCUGAUCUGUUGUGUUGGAGCGAACGCAUUGUGAAAAAGGGGAAAUAACUUACGCAAGACUGGUGUCUUGAUAAGCAAAAUAGUUCUAUCAGGCAGUACAUCAUAUCCUUGUAAGUGUGGUUCCUCAUUUCAGUCACUGAGCAGAAUCAUCCUGGAUCUGUGAGGAAGCCUGUGAGUCUGAGGAGCCAAAAUGAAGCUUUUCUACUUCUUCCUUUUCUGUUUCACAAAUGGUAUAAGUCCUACAAAAGGACUACUACAUCUGGAGUUGUCUGGAGAAAUGCUUCUAAGAUUUGUGUUUCUUCCAAACUAUAAUUCCUAUGACAAAUCCUGUUGUAAGUUUACUAUCUAUGGGUGCAUAAUUUUUGUGAUUAGCAAUGGAUAUGUUCAUAACGCUUACAAAGGAAGAAUAGAAACCUAUACAUACUCUGGAACAUUUGAUGUACGAAUCUGGAAUGUGCGCUCAAUGGAUGCUGGGCGAUACAGAUGUGAAAUCCUUGGGACACAAAAAUACCAGGAUUUUCAAGUUGUUAUAGCUGACAGUGAGACCGAACUGAACCCAAUACUAGCCUUUCCAAAAUCCACCAUCUUGCCAGUCAGCUCAGCACAGCACCUCUUAGAGAAACACCAAGAGAUAUCUAGCAAUAAAUGGAGCUUGAAAGUCACACUGGGAACCAUUUUUGGCAUCGUGGCAAUCAUUCUCAUCAUGUCCAUCACACUGACCGUGGUCUACUUUAAAAAGAAGUCAAGAGAUCAGUGUGGUAGAAGCUUCCCUAGUGCACUCAACGUCACGCAACAGCUACAUCAGGAGCUCAUCUACACCACAGUGGAUUUCAAGCUCCAUCAAAAAACGUCCAACAUAUAUGCCAACCUGGACAUCCACAACUCAAGACCUGAUUCAGGCAAUACACUGAAAACACAGGACAGUGUAGAGUACGCUACAAUAGCAGGAGUUUUAUGAUCAGUGAAAAACAUAAUCAUGAUAUGUGACUGUUUUUAUUAGAGUGGUUGAUUAAAUAUUUUUUGACACUAAAAUUUUACAAUAUUACAUAGGCCGCAAUGGCCUAUUUGUGUAGAAACAAUUUUGUAUGAGCAAAAACAAAAAGGUAUGAGCUUUUAUACUGUGUAAAUGUGCACAUACCAGUAUUUACUUGCUUGUUUAUGUUCAUUGCAAUCUUUGCUUUUUCUCAAAGUAAGUUUGAUGACACUCAAUAUUUAAUGAACUUGUCUAAUACAGUGGAGUCCAAAAGUCUGAGACCACAAGUGCUACGAUUUUGCAUUCUUUUCUAAUUUAAUACAACAAUUUCCAUUACUAAUUAUAUCAUUGACAACAACUUGAGUGAAAACUAGAGUCUUUGAAAUAUGAAUUUUCAGAGUUUCUUAAUAUUUGGUACGUCCCCUUUUCGCAUUAACAACAGUGUGCACUCAAACUGGCUUGGAUUCCACAAGUUUGUGCAAAACCUUAUGAUCCAUUUUAGAUCAAAUUCAUUGGUGUGUUGUCUGAAUACAU